GUGAAACGCUAGGCUUCGUAAAUUCAUUUGGUACUGAGACAGACUUUUACAUCAUCCGAAACACACAGGCAUUUCUAUGACAAGUGCUCCAGCGUUUUGCUCUUAAUGAAAGGACACAGAGUAACCAUGUCGGAGUGCAGGUUGCUAUGGCGAUAAGGAGCAGUUCUCCACACUCAGCGUUGGUCAUCCCCAGCUGUUAUGAAUCCCAGCUCUUCCUCGGGACGCUGUGACAGCCAGUCCCCUGAGGAUGACCACAUGGACGACUGGCUCUACCUCUCCUCUGACUCCGUUGAUCCGCGGGGCUUGGAAGUUGGCAGGGAUGGUCGGGAGUCUGAGGACAGAGGCAAACUCAAAUCCAAAUUGGUGUCAGCAUGGAACAGUGUCAAAUAUGGCUGGUCCUUGAAGCAGAAAUCCCACUUCAACAAGAGCUCUCCUGUGACUAUGCUCGGACACUCCUACCUGCUCAGCCUUCAAUUGGACAGGGAGCAUUUCCGUCGCUCCUUUACAUCGCUGCUGUGGUUGACGUACAGACGGGGCUUCACUAAGCUCGGAGGCUGCUCUCUGACCACCGACAGCGGCUGGGGAUGUGUUCUCCGCACUGGACAGAUGCUGCUGGCACAAGGCCUGUUCCUGCAUCUAAUGCCACCGGACUGGACUUGGUCUUCAAGUCUGCCCCUGGUCAAAGACGACAUGGAUCUCCCAGAGAAUCGACCGCCGGCUGAUGCAGGCAGCGGAUGGAGUUUUGUGGAGGGGCCUAAAAAGAGGGGCCGAAAGCUCAGCCUCGGUUCCUGCCUGGACAGACGCAUGGAUUUUACACACAGACGGGUGGUGUCAUGGUUUGGAGACCACCCCUCAACCCCUUUUGGAGUACACCAGCUGGUGGAGCUGGGGAAAAGCUCAGGGAAGAAGGCAGGGGACUGGUAUGGCCCCUCCAUCGUGGCACACAUCCUCCGUAAAGCUGUGGCAGCUUCAGUUGAGCUUCCCAAUCUGGCAGUGUAUGUUGCACAAGAUUGCACCGUCUACAAGGAGGAUGUGAAGCGGUUGUUUGAGCGGCCUCUCCCUGGAGGCCCCACAGGCACCAGUCAGCCUUGGAAGUCUGUCAUCAUCCUGGUGCCUGUGCGACUGGGAGGACAAGACCUCAAUCCCACUUAUAUAUCUUGUGUCAAGAAAUUGUUGGCGUUAAAAUGCUGCAUUGGAAUCAUCGGGGGCAAACCGAAGCACUCUUUGUUCUUCGUUGGCUUCCAAGGUACGUGCACUACUUUGUACCGGUGGCCUCAUUAUUAUUCUGCUCAGCUGCUUGUUGUCAGUUGUUCACUUGUUCUUGCUCUGGCCUGCUGUGCUAUAGAUGACCAUCUGUUGUACUUGGACCCUCACUACUGUCAGCCCACAGUGGACAUCACACGGGAGAACUUUCCCCUGGAGUCGUUUCACUGUAAAUAUCCCAGGAAAAUGGCUUUCACUCGCAUGGACCCCAGCUGCACCAUAGGCUUCUAUGCCAAAGGCGAAAAGGACUUUGAGGCACUGUGCUCAGAUGUUAAUGCGGCUCUGUCCACAUCUGCAGAGAAGUACCCCAUGUUCAUAUUCGCAGAAGGACAUAGUCAAGAGGAGGAGGGAAACUGCACACCCUCCAAUAACAUCACCCGCAUUCUGAGGAACAACACAUUGAAAAGAUCUGACACUAACAACAGCAUGGAUGAAUUUGUUCUGUUGUGAACAGACGGAGACAAUCUGGCAUAAAGUGAUCACUCAUCACACAUAACUGACACCUGCACUGUGUGGAAACUACUGACAAUUACAAGAACAAACAACAUCCUUAACCUCCUCAAGCAAUAACCUCAAGGGACGGAAGGUCUUAAUAAAGUUGUCCAAACACCAUUAGGCUGCUGAUGCUAGACCUAUUUUAUGCCAUUGUGAGCUCAGUUUUAUUUUUUUAUUUUUUUAUUGUUUGAGGGAGAUAUGUUUCAAUGAAUGUAGCUCAGUUAAUGAAGGGUUUUAAUUUGUUUAUGAAGUAUGUUUUUGUUUCUGUAUCUGUUCUAUUGUGUUUGAUUUUAUAACUGUCACUGUAUAAGAGCAUUAGCACAAAAUCUCAUCGCAUCCGGUAUGUGUUUGGCUAUUAAAUCCCAUCAUACUGCAGUUGCUCCUCACUUUCAGAAAGAACAGAUUUCUGGAGAUGAGUCAGGCAAGUGUUGUACUAUGAGAUUAUGAGGCUCUCACUGUUUGACGUCACGUGACAGGAUGUGCUUUUUUUUGAGUGGAUUAGAAAAUUGGAUUCCUGUGACCAUGUGACUUGCACAUGAUAAACACUGAAUGAAUAUAGUAAGUGAAUGUUCUUGAAGAACUGGUUUUUAAGUGUAAUCCAGUGGAGCAUAUAUGUUGUUGCGGGAAAAUGACACAGCAUCAAAAAACUCAUUCUUUUGUGCUGGGUUGUUUCUGUUGGUUUAACAAAAUAAAUAUUUUAUGAUUGCA